AUGGAGGAGAUCGAGCCACAGCAGGAAGCCGGGUCGAAGACCUUUCAGCCGAGGAGUGAAGCGUUUCUGGUUUCACCAGGGGAGGCCAACAAGGCUCCCUUGCUCGUGAGGCGUCGAGCACGUGUCAAGAGGGUUGUGUACAUCGACAAGCCGCUGUCGCUGUCUGGCAGCUCCUUCUGGUGUAUGCUCAUGGUGGCCUUGCAUUACAUGAUCUUUGCCUUUCUCCUUCUCACUGGGCUCUACCAUAAUUACUCCCAGCCUCCCAUCCAGCUCGCUCUCAUCCCCUCCUUCACGGCUGCUUGCGUCUCAGUCUUCGGCAUCCUCUGCAUCCCGUUGCAAGCAAACAAGUACAUCAGGUUUCUGCUUCGUCCGAGCUCAGGGCUGCUGAUAUCCGUCGCCGCUAUGAUAGGAGCGGGAGUGUGGAGUGCUCUCUUGUAUGGGCCCUUGCACAACAACUUUUCUCAGGCGUUUCAGUACCUCGAGACUGCAGCCUCUGGAGUCCUCUACUUGCUCCUCGUCUACCGCAGGCUCAAGUUCGCCGACUCCACUUUCUCUGCCGGCGCUGAAUCUCUUCUCAAAGUACGGAGCAUCUUUGUGCGAGCCUGUGCUCAUGCGCUGGUGCUUCUCAUGUACAUCGUGCUGUGGUCGUUGUGCUACAUCAACCUCGUCGAGGUCGAAGAUGUCUCCCCGAGCUCCAACGUGACCCAGAGCUCGAAUCCCUUCCCUCGAUGGUCGACAGGAGGUGGAAACUACGUGUCUUUCGGCAGUCCCUCCCUGUGGGUAGCCAAAACUUUCCUGUUGUAUAACUUGUACAGUGUUACCAUGACGUUUUCAAACUUCUUUGGCUUGACUUUCGAUGAGGGCGAGAGGAAGAACUUCGUGCGCAAGUCGCGGGAGCUGUGGGAUCUGUUCGAUAGGACCGGGAUGAAGGAUGUGGUGAACAGCGACCUCUUGUUCGGGGUUCGCAUCAUGAACCUCCUCUUCCUCGGCACGGCGUGCAGCAUCGCUGGCACACUUCUCGUUCAGAUAUCAGGGUAUCCCUUCCUGGUGGCUGAGCGCAUCGGAUGGUUCUGCUUCAUCACCGGGAUCGCAGCCGGAAACUGGGCGCUGGAAUGCGCGGAGAUGUGGGCGUGCAGUCUGUUCGUGGAGUUUGCACAAGAACCAUCGAGCGUGUACAUCAGCAACCCUCAGUUUGCCAGUGAUGUCUUCGAGGUCUUGUUUGGGACAGGAGCGCAGAAAAGAUCACAAUUUCCUCACGAUAAUGUGGAGAACGACGUGCUGAGUUCAGACCGGUCGAGCGCAGGAGAUGGCAAGGAAUGA